AUUUGUAAAAUAUUUUUAAAUUUCUAAAAUAUAGUCAUGGCAGAAAAAAUUUAAAAAUCUUUUUCUUAUGAUAAAAAAUUAAAAUAAUAAGUAAUCAUUUUCUUUCUUUUCUUAAAGGAUACAGUCUCCUUACGCGUUACCGCGUGACUUCUGUCCCACGAAAGCAACCCACCGUCUUCCGCAAAAAGGACUCUCCCGCAUUGCAGAAGUCAAAAGAUUCUAUCUCAUUUGUCCACUUGCAUCUUAGCCAUCCACGUCAGGAAAUGCUGGCUCAUUCAACGUCCUGGAUUUUAACCCCAGAGGAAGAAACGAGGAACAUUCGUGUUCUUGAUUCCAGAAAACCUUCAAUUACUCCUAAAUUUUCUCAAUUUCCAGUCAUCAUAAAAGUAUAUCAUAAGCAAAUCAUAGCGCAUCAAGAUUUUUUUUACCCUAAAUUGUAAAUCUGUUCAAAAAAAUUAAUACAAUUUUUUUUGAUACAUAGCAUAAAUAUAAUUUAUAUCAACAAAAAAAAAAAUCAUGGCACAAACUGAAAUAUAAAUCAAACAUAUAAUUAAAUUACCAUGAACAAAACACAAUCAACAUAAUUUUAAAGUGAUUGUCUCAAUGAUGAAAAAUCCGAAACAUCCAAGCAAUGUAGCAAUGAACAUGAAUUAUGGCAAGUCUAAUAAAAAAUCUUGGCAUAAACUCAUUGGGUUGUAUCAAGUGGUUAAGGAGAGCCGUGCUCAAAAUGUAGAUUUGAGUCCUUCCAGCAUUUAUGACCACCCUUAAAGAUAAAGUCUUACCUAAUACUUUGUAGAUAGUACAGUUUGCAAGUAUCUAUGGCUUAUGGGGUUGGCAGGGUCAAAGACUUAGAAUAAAUGAUGAUAAAAUAAUUCUUGGCAUGCCCUUGUCAUGGCAUCAAAGAAAAAACGCAUGGCAGAAAAACCGGUGCACUGAAGAGUUCAAAAGCCAAACACUCACAAUAAAAUAAUCCCAACAACCCCAUUAUGUCCUCCAAGACAAAAAGAAUAGGAGAAAAGUCAGAAAUAUCCAUGUGUCGGCAUGUGUGCAUGUGCACAUGUGCCUGCAAGCGCAUGUGUGCCUAACAAGUCAUCAGUUUGUUUAAGGAUUGGAGUGUGCCAAACUGCCAAAGACUUACUAAGAUUUUGCAAGAUUGUAACUUUCUACCCUGGGUUUCUGCUCACCAGCCAUGUUUUCAUCUCUUGUUGCCUUUGCAGAGGGGGAAGCAUACAACUUUUCCCUAGUUCCAAAUUAUGCAUAACCUCACACCAAUAGCUCGACACAAUAUAACGUGAGAGGCAUCUAUGCUCACUGCCCUAGAAAGAUGCCGCCCUAGAAAGAUGCCUUGUCUUCCUCAACAUAGGGGCUGAAAACUAUUGCAAAAGAAUGUCAUCAUGAAAUUGAUAAGAAAAGCAAAGGAAUUCAUAGAUUGAAAAGACGCAGGCCUGUGAAACAUUGUUUGUAUCUGCAAGAUGCUAUUCAGAAAUAAAGAGGGCUAUAGAGAGAAAGUUAGAUACAAUAAUUUGUCCAUGUGGUCACUAUUACACAAAUGAAACAUCUAAGAGUCU